GAAGAUCGUCGUGUCUUCCCCAUUUCCAAAAUAAAGCCCCAGUGUGGGUUAACUGUUUUCAAGCACAAGGCUCAAAAUUAGGCUUUUUUUCGUUGAAUGACAAAAUAAUCUAAUACAGUUAAUAUGACUAAUAUUUAUAGUAUUACUACUGCUAGUACUUUAAAAAUUCCGCUUUAAUCACAGACGCUCCGUUUCUAGACACUUUUAUUCUGAAAUGACUAGUUAAUUCAUCGUCGUCACUUCCUUUAAAGGUUCCGGACCCUUCUUUAUUCCCGUUACCAUAAGGAAGAUGUGGAAUGAUACAUCACCUUAAUGGACAACAUGGACACCUGCAGUCAGGAGGACCAAAAAGAGAUGGAUUCUGACAAAGUAUGGCAGUGGCGCAUUACGUGUGGAGAGGAAAUAUCCAACUUCAACAUAGUAUCCAACACAGACAACAAUUCUGAGUCUGAUCUACACUCGGGCAAAGUCACAAACUCAGGAAUCUCUGGCAAUCAAGCUUACUUGGAAGCAAGUAGUCUGGGUGUUUGUGAGUCUGCCCUCACCACCACCACCACCACCGACAAAUCAUCAAGUCUACCGAUUGUAAAGGAAAGCGCCAGGUCACUGAUGUGUCAACCUGAUGAACGAGGGGUUGGUGGAGGUGAAGAGCAAAGACAGACUCCAACUGAAUGUGACUUAAAACAAGAGGAAACCGGAACGGAGAAAAGCAUGUGGAAAUUGAGGGCAAAUCGUGUAAAACAUAUCCUCUCUGCUGAAGAGUUUGGUCCAUUCAACUUUUCCAGAAUGUGUGGCCUUGAAUUCAAUGUUGGAUAUGGAAAGAGAAAAACUAAGAAAAACUUCAGUGUUGACUCUUCGACUGAUAAUGUUCUUCUUGAAAUUGCUGCAUUUGCCCUCGUAAUGAAUUCAUCCCAACAAGGUUUCAUCAUGGAGAUACUUGAGAACAAUUUUGACCUCAACCUGAAGUCUGAAUUCCAGAGAAAUUUUUUCACCUAUGAAAUGAUGAAAAGAGUCAGACAUCUGAAGGAAUGUGAAGAUUCAGUCAAGUUCUCCAAAGAGGUCUUUAAGCUGCAUGGUCCCCUUCCACCAAUAAGGACGGCCAGUCAGAGUGUGAACAGUGUCAACGCUGAACUCAGCAGCAUAUCAAAGAUGGAGGAGAGUGAAGUCGCCUGUGGGUUUCCUCUUCAUUCACAGACUGAAGAAGAUAUUUCAGUGAACAGUGUGGAUCUUUAUCCCUUCUGCAAGGAGAUUGGUCUGAAACUACAUGUGGAUAAUACUCAACCAAAUGAGAAACAGGAUAUCAACAGACUGACCUAUGGAGCAAUGACGGAAGUGACAAACUUUGCAGAAAUCUUGUGUGGAACAUUUGAGCAGAUUUGUGUUGACAUCCUAAAACACAACUUUGGUCUUGAUAUGCAAUGUGGAGAUUCUGACCAUGUCAAAAGUAUGCUUGCUAGAAUAUCUUUUGCAAAAGAUAAAAGGAAUCUAAAUAGGACUAGAAAGACAAAAACGGGCAUAAUACCUUCAUUGUUCGACAUUAACCUCAAUGCCAUGACCAACCCAAAUUCCCAUGCACUUAAUGCCAGUUCUUCCAACGCUGCUACCUUGAAUCAAGAUGUAGAAAUCCAGAAUAAUCAUAAUCUGUGGCAGUUGAGGGAAAAUCAAAUUCAGCGAAUCCUUUCAAGACCUCAUGUAGAACAUUGUCCAUUGUAUUCUUUCACCAGAUGCAAGAAAAUGGGCAUUGAUUUCAACGUAGGAUCUGGAGCCCAACAGAAUAUUGAUCUCAAACUACUAACCAAUGGCAUCAUGGUUGAACUUUCUACUUUUGCCAAAGAGAUGGUAUCAGCCCAAUACUAUUUCGUCACUGAGAUACUGGAGCAUAAUUUUCAUCUAGAUUUCAACAAUGAGCUGAAUCGCUGUGCCUUUGCACAAAAAACUCUUAAUCAAAUUAUGUACAUGAGAACAAUAAAAUACAACAAAGUUCCUGUAAUGAAAAAGACGUUUGACCUCUCUGACACUAAGUGCAUACCAAAACCUUCCGAUCUGAGAACCUUGUAUUGCCCCAAAUGCUAUCAAGUCAGAAAUAAUGAGCAUCGUCGUGAUGAAUCCGUCUCAGGUCCCAUUCUUCAUCAUCAUCCUCCUCAACACACCAUGACUGAUGCCGGCUCUGCUGAUGGAAACUCCAUCACACAAAAGCCAGCAAAGGAUCCGUCCUUCACCUUUUCAGCAAUAGAGGAGAUUAUAAUGGACAAGUACCCCCUCUGCAAGGAAAUAAGUUUGAAACUGCUGGUGGACAAAGACCAGCCAAGACGUAAGCUUGACCUGCAUGUAUUGACACGCGGGGUUAUGAGAGAAGUUGUUUCCUACGCAAAAUAUUUGUGUGGAAAUAAGAAUAAGAUCAUUAAUGACGUCCUUCAACACAACUUCAACGUUGGCGCGCUGGCUCAACAAAUAAAUCCUUUUUUGAAUCUCUCCAAACCGAAGAGACAAAAUGAUUUGAUGCUUGCCUGGCUAGAUGAAGCAUUUGAUAUUCAACCGUAUGCUCGCAAACAACCUGGACAUGGGAGUGAAUGGAAGGAAAUGAUCAAAAAAAGGACAUUGCCAGUCGAAACACAGGAGAAAACGGCAAGGACAACCCCUCGAAGAAAAGUAAGCCGCUUUUCCACUCUCACUGAAAACGGGUUAACAUCAGGAGAGAGUGAAAAACUGAACUUGAAGCCAACGACCAAAUAUAUUGGUGACAUGGAACAGGAAGAAAUAGGACCAGAGAACUGCUACACUCGUCCUUUAGAAGAGUCUGAUAUAGAGUCAGAUGAAGUCACAGACUCCGAAAACUCUAUGAAUCAAGAUCACUUACAGAAACCCAAAAGUUACUCUCUCAGCUCAGACGUCUGUAGAGAAUCAGAAGCAAGUUGUCUGGGUGUUCAUGCGUCUUCCCUCACCACCGACGUUUCAUCAAGUCUGCCAAUUCUAAAGGCAAGGGUCAAGUCACAGAUGUGUGAACCUGAUGAACAAGGGCUUGGUGGAGGUGAAGAGCAAACACCGACUCCAACUGAAUGUGUCGUAGAACGAGAUGAAAUGGAAAUAGAGGACAACAUGUGGAAGAUGCGGGCAAACCGAGUGAAACAAAUCCUCUCUGCUGAAGAGUUUGGUUCAUUCGUUUGGUCCAAAAAGCAUGGCUUUCAAUUCAAUGUUGGAUAUGAACCAAAGCAAAACUUCAGUGUUGACUCUUUGCUUGAUUAUAUUCUUCUUGAAAUUGCUGAAUUUGCCCUCGCAAUGAAUUCAUCCCAACAGGAUUUCAUCAUGGAGAUUCUUGAGUACAACUUUGACCUCAACCUGAAAUCUGAACCCCAGAGAAAUCUUUUCACCUGUGAAAUGAUGAAAAGAGUCAGACAUCUGAAGGAAUGUGAAGAUUCAGUCAAGUUCUCCAAAGAGGUAUUUAAGCUGCAUGGUCCCCUUCCACCAAUAAGGACGGCCAGUCAGAGUGUGAACAGUGUCAACGCUGAACUCAGCAGCAUAUCAAAGAUGGAGGAGAGUGAAGUCGCCUAUGGGUUUCCUCUUCAUUCACAGGCUGAAACUGAAGAAAAUAUUUCACUAAACAGUAUGGAUCUUUAUCCCUUCUGCAAGGAGAUUGGUUUGAAACUACAUGUGGACAAUACUCAACCAAAUGAGAAACAGGAUAUCAACAGACUGACCUAUGGAGCAAUGACGGAAGUGACAAACUUUGCAGAAAGCUUGUGUGGAACGUUUGAGCAGAUUUGUGUUGACAUCCUAAAACACAACUUGGAUCUUGAUUUGCAAUGUGGAGGUUCUGACUAUGUCAAGAGUAUGCUUGCACGAAUUCCUUUUGCCAACCAUAAAAGGAAACUUAGGGCUACCAAGAAAUCAUAUAUGAGAGGUAGGAAUCAUCGGUUCUAUCAGAUUGCCCGUAACCCAAACCUCCACUCAUGUGCUGCCGGUUCUUCCAACGCUAUAAUCAUUAAUCAAGACAUGGGAAACCACAAAAAUCUCAAAUUAAAGCUGUGGCAAUUGAGGAAGAAUCAAAUUCAGCGAAUCCUCUCAAGACCUCAUCUAGAACAUUGUCCACUUUAUUCUUACUCUGGAUGCAAGAACCUGGGCAUUGAUUUCAAUGUAGGAUCUGGAGUCAAACAGAAUCUUGAUCCCAAAUUACUGACCAAUGGCAUCAUGGUUGAACUUUUAACUUUUGCCACAGAGAUGGUAUCAGCUCAAAGGUAUUUCAUCACCGAGAUACUGGAGCAUAAUUUUCAUUUGGAUUUCAACAACGAGCUGAAUCGCAUUGCCUUUGCACAAAAAACUAUUGAUCAAAUUAUGUACAUGAGAACAAAGAAAAGCAACAAAGUUCCUGUGAUGAAAAAGACGUUUGACCUCCCUGACACAAAUUGCAUACCAGAACCUUACCAUCUGAGAACCUCAAGUUGCCCCUACUGCUAUGAAGAAUUAUUACGAAAUGAACAUCGUCGCGAUGAAUCCGUCUCAGGUGCCAUUCAUCAUCCUCCUCAAAGCACCAUGAUUGAUGCAGGCUCUGCCGAUGAAAACUCCACCACACAAAAGUCAGACAAGGAGCCGUCCUCCACCCUCUCAGCAAUAGAGGAGAAGAUGAUGGACAUUCACCCUUUCUGCAAGGAAAUUCGUUUAAACCUGUUGUUUGACAAAGACCAGCCAAUAGAUAAGCUUGACCCGCAUCUAUUGACAUACAAAGUUAUGAGAGAACUUGUUUGCUACUCAAAUGAAUUGUCUGGAGGGAAACAUGGGCUCAUUAAUGAUAUCCUUCAACACAACUUCAAUAUUGACGAACUGUAUCUUUUUGGUUUUGACGCCAGACUGAAGAGCCAAAAGGAUGUUGGGCUCACGUGGCUAAAUGAAGUGUUUGAUAUUCGUCCAUCCCAACAACCUGCUUAUGGGAGUGAUUUGACGGGAACUAUGAAAAAAAGUAAGAUGGCAGUGAAAACACUGGGCAAACCGCCAAGGACAACUCCUCGAAGAAAAGUAAGCCGAGAAUGUGGAGAUAUCAAAAGUUCAGUUGCACAAUUUCCUGCUUUGCGGGAGAAAAAUGCAAUGAAUGCUUCGAUGAUUAAAGGCUGUCAAACAAACGUGAAACUUGCUUCCCAGAACGAGCCAAAUUCAGAUGCUGCUAAUGCUGGUCCCAAGGGUUGUGUGGAUCGACAAGCGACAUACUUUUCAGAUGUAUACAAUCUGCAUUUUGUCGACAGGGACAAAGUUAAUGAGAAACUUCUGUCGCCUAAUGAGGACACGCAGUACCCAACAGAUCCGGGGACAGUUGUGCAGACUGAUGAGCAGCUGUUGGGUACACGUUGUGACAGUCCUCUCUGGGUAAAACUGGAGAUAAAAGAGGAGGAAUAUGAUCCACGCUAUGGCAGUACGACUCCAGAACCAGACCCAGAGCCACAACGUUGUCCUCUUCAUGAUGUCAAAUCAGAAAAUUAGAAUCCUCAAUGUUUGAUGAACACUUGGAGCAAAGAAGAGCAAGAACAUGUGUCCGAUGACUCUCACAGAUCUGGAGUUCACUAACAGGAGGUGAGCAUCACUUGAUGUUCUCGGUUCGAGCCGACACAAGAGACGGGUUAGUUUUAGGCUGAACGGUUGCUAUGAAGAUGUAUGUUUUGCUGGGGAAGAAUGUAGAUGAUGACAUAUUGUAAAUUUGUGUGAAAGUAUAUAGUUUCAAAGUUCACAGGUAAACCUUUCUUUGAAAAAUGUAUCAAUCGGACUAAAUGUUCCGUGCAUGAGCAGUCGGUAUUCAUGGUUUGAAGCUUUGUUUUAAAGGUGAUUUGAUUGUGCCACAGUUGGACAGAUCUUUCCUUUUGUUUCAUGGGGAGCUAGGCCAUGUAUGUUUGUAUGUUGUAUGAGUAUAUUUUUGACUUUAUUCAAUGGAUAGCAGAUUGGUGUAUUACAUUGUUUGUUUGUUUUCUUUCAGUUACUCAUCUCUACUUUUCCUACCACUUUAUAUGGUACUAAUGCCUUUUCUGACGUUGCACCUUCAGCGACUUUUUCUAUUUCGUUUUUUUCAAAUGAAAUACUACUGUAAAUUACUAAAGCUAUUUCAUUUUUUGAAGCUGUCAUGUAAAUGGAUAACAGAACAGAAAGAAAUGUUUCUUGUAUCUUGAUCAAUUUUCUCUUCUGUUCAAGAAAAAUUCUUCUUUCUACAGUGUAACCCUUUUGAAAUACAUCCUCAUCUACCAUAUGCA